AUGCCGCUUAAUAAGCGAAAAACAGGCCAUUCUUGCACUCAUCAUUCAACAGUCUGUUGGCACAGAACUAAGUUAUCUGGUCAAGGUUAUAAUGACUUGGCACUGCAGGUCAACGCUCUUCCUGUCAGCCAGUUUCGUAGAGAAUUGACGCUUCAAGAAAACUUGUUUCUCCACCGCCCCCACCGCUUGCAUGCAAGUAGCCCAACCAACCUUGCCGCCAGCUUUGCACUUUACUUCUCAUCUCAACCUGCACAAAAGCAGCUAAUGGCCUCUGGUGGAUUACAAGCAAAUUGGUCUAUUUGGCUGCUGGCCUCGGUGAUCCGAUUGUUGAUGAGCCAUGGCUGUACUUCGAGUGGUUGGCCGUCAUAUAUUUCCAACUCGACGCCAUCGAAAGAGGAGCACUUGAGUCGGCUUAGGUCGCUGAGUGAUCGUGGAAAUGUCCACUGGCUCCACGAUGGUUCCGUCCGAAAAGAGUUAUCCCAUCUCGACGUGACUACAUUUUCAUCAACAUGCACUCGCAACGGAAUUGCAAACCGAGUCGAGCGCAUCGCGCAACGCAACCAAGGUUGCCAGACGACAAGAGUGCUUCUGCAUUUCCAAUCAAACACGUUACUCAUAUGCGAAAUGAGUAGGUCUGGAAGCAAGAGUGGGCAAGCCGGCCAGCCGCGUUGGAGCAGUCACACUUUCUCUUAG